AUUUCCACAGCUCCCUUCCGUUCUUCCAAGUCUGCAGACAGCCUGGUUAAGUUUGAUAUUUAUGGUGACGGGAUCGGGAGAUACAACGUCUUCAACUUCCAGCAAGCCGGAGGCCGGUAUUCCUACCUGAAAGUGGGACAGUGGGCUGAAACCUUGACUCUGGAGGUCAACGAUAUUCACUGGUCCAGAGGCCUUGUCCCUGUGGCCCAGUGCAGUGACCCCUGUGCGCCCAACGAGAUGAAGAAUAUGCAGCCCGGAGACGUGUGCUGCUGGAUCUGCAUUCCCUGUGAGUCUUUUGAGUACCUGGCUGACGAAUUCACCUGCAGGGACUGUGGCCCAGGACGAUGGCCCACCGUUGACCUCACCAGCUGUUAUGACCUACCAGAAGAUUAUAUCAAGUGGGAAGAUGCGUGGUCCAUCGGACCGGUGACUAUCGCAUGCUUGGGCUUCAUUUGUACUUUCCUAGUGGUGGGGGUUUUCAUCAAGCACAACAACACGCCUUUGGUGAAGGCCUCCAGCCGUGAGUUGUGCUACAUCCUUCUUUUCGGAGUCUUCCUCUCCUACAGCAUGACCUUCUUCUUCAUCGCCAAGCCUUCUCCAGCCAUAUGCACCUUGCGUCGUUUGGGUCUGGGAACGUCCUUCGCCAUUUGCUACUCGGCUCUCCUGACCAAAACGAACUGCAUUGCCAGGAUAUUUAAUGGGGUGAAGAACGGGGCGCAGAGGCCGAAAUUCAUCAGCCCCCGUUCUCAAGUCCUCAUCUGCCUGAGUUUCAUCAUGGUGCAGAUUGUGCUGGUGUCCGUGUGGCUGGUUUUAGAAGCUCCGGGCACUCGCCGACACACCCUUCUGGAGAAGAGGCAGACGGUCAUCCUGAAAUGCAACGUCAAAGAUGCCAGCAUGCUCAUCUCUUUAACAUACGAUGUGAUCCUCGUCCUCUUAUGCACUGUGUAUGCCUUCAAAACAAGAAAGUGCCCGGAAAAUUUUAAUGAAGCCAAAUUUAUUGGAUUCACCAUGUACACAACUUGCAUUAUUUGGCUGGCAUUCCUGCCAAUCUUUUAUGUGACAUCGAGUGACUACAGGGUGCAGACCACCACCAUGUGCAUCUCUGUCAGCCUGAGUGGCUUCGUUGUCCUGGGCUGUUUGUUUGCUCCUAAAGUGCAUAUCGUUCUCUUCCAACCACAGAAGAAUGUGGUCACUCACAGGCUGCACCUCAACAGGUUCAGUGUCAGUGGGACAGGAACCAGUUAUUCCCAAGCCUCAGCAAAUGUCUACGUUCCAACGGUUUGCAAUGGAAGAGAAGUUGUGGAUUCCACCACCUCCUCCUUAUAA